AUGAGAAACCAAACAGAGAUAACAUUAUUCAUUCUCCGGGGACUGACAGAUGACCUGCAACUGAAGGUUCUGCUUUUCAUCUUUCUGUUUCUGACAUACGUUCUGAGUGUAACUGGGAAUUUAACCAUUAUCACCCUCACUUGGGUGGAUCCACACCUUAAAACCCCUAUGUAUUUUUUCCUUAGGAACUUUUCCUUCUUAGAAUUGUCAUUCACAACUGUCUGUAUUCCUAGAUUCCUGUACAACAUGUCCUCUGGGGACUAUACUGUGACUUAUAAUGCAUGUUUCACUCAAUUAUUUUUUGGUAUCCUCUUUGGGGCCUCAGAGUUUUUUCUCUUGGCUACCAUGUCUUAUGACCGUUAUGUAGCCAUCUGCAAACCCCUGCAUUAUGCAAAGAUCAUGAACAACAGAGUCUGUAACCAGCUUCUCCUGGGUUGUUGGCUGUCUGGGUUGAUGACCAUCCUUCCAAUAGUUGGUAUGGGUCUUGAACUAGAAUUCUGUGACUCCAACAUUAUUGAACAUUUUCUCUGUGAACCAUCACCAUUGCUGGAGAUCACAUGCUCUGAUACACAAUUCAUAGAAAGAAUAAUUUUAGCCUCUACAGGGUUGACGCUCAUAACAACCUUGGUGUUAGUGGUUCUAUCUUAUGCCUCUAUAGUCAGGACUAUUCUGAGAUUCCCCUCUGCCCAGCAAAGGAAAAAAGCCUUUUCCACUUGUUCCUCCCACAUGAUUGUCAUCUCCAUUAGCUACGGCAGCUGCAUCUUCAUUUAUAUCAAACCUUCUGCAAAAGAAGCAUUAGCUUUGAAUAAGGUGAUGUCGGUACUUGCAACCUCAGUGGCACCAGUAAUGAAUCCCUUUAUUUACGCGCUGAGGAAUAAACAAGUGAUACAAGCUUUUAGGGCCAUAUUCAAAAGGAUUCUAUUGAUUUCAAAGGUAUAA